GCACUCCAUUGGCUUCGUGUCGGCUGAGAAAACAAGAUGCAGUCCAGCUUCAGAAGCAGCAGUAGUCAGAGCUGGGGGUCCCGUAGCUUGUCCCGGGCCAACUCAGGCCGGCGGGGAGGCAGUAUGUACGGCUUCGGUCAGACCAGCAUCUCCUCGGUUGGUCUGUCCGGCGGCUAUGGCCUGGGGUUCGCCUCCACCGGCGUGGGCGCCUCCUCCGCCUCCAUCGUCGCCAACGAGAAGCAGACCAUGCAGGAUCUGAACGACCGGCUGGCGGCGUACCUGGGGAAGGUGCGCUGGCUGGAGAAGUCCAACGCCGAACUGGAGCUUCAGAUCCGGGAGUACUACGAACAGGCGGGUCCCACCACCCGCGACUACAGCGAGUACUGGGCCACCAUCACGAGCCUCCGCGACCAGAUCAAGGACUUGAUCCUCGCCAACUCCGAAAUGAUGCUUCAAGUGGACAACUCCAAACUGGCGGCGGAAGACUUCAAAGCCAAGUUUGAAACUGAGUUGUCCAUCAGGAUGUCCGUUGAGAACGAUAUCAAUGGUCUGCGCAUGAUGUUGGAUAACCUCACCCUCGAGAAGAGCCAGCUGGAGACCGAGAUUGAGAACCUGAAAGAGGAGCUCAUUUACAUCAGGAAAAACCAUGAAGAUGAGCUCAGGAGCCUGAAGUCCCAGAUGACUGGCAACGUUUCUGUCGAUGUCAGAGCUGCAGACUCCGUGGACUUGCUCAAGGUUCUGGGAGAAAUUCGGGCCAAGUAUGAAGCCAUGGCCGCCCAGAACAAGGCAGACGCCGACGAUUGGUACAAGCAGCAGUUUGCGGCUGUGCAACAGGAGAUCACCGUCAACACGAGUGCCCUCGAUGGGGAGAAAUCCAGACUGACUGAACUGAGGCACAGCUGUCAGGGGCUGGAGACCGAGCUGAGCACAAUACACAGCAUUAUCGCCUCGCUGGAGGGGAACCUGAACGAGGUUGACAUGCGCUUCUCCGGAGAGAGGGCCAAUCUGCAGAUGACCAUCAACGGACUGGAAGGGGAGUUGGGCGAUCUCCGCGCCAAGAUCCUGUCCAUGAGCCAGGAGUACCAGCAGCUUCUGAACAUAAAGAGCAGACUGGAGGUGGAAAUUGAGACCUAUCGCAGGCUGCUGGGUGGCUACGGGAGUCAUUCUUCUGGCCAAGUGUCAACCACAUCAACUAUACAGAAGACGGUGGUCAAGGAGGAAAGAGAGCCCGUUGUUUCCACUCAGACCACGACGUUCACCGUGGUGGAGGAGGUUGUGAACGGGAAAGUGGUGUCUACUCGUAUGGAGCCGAUAAAUUAAUCAAGAUGGCGGGGGGGCCUUGGAAAACAGCAAGGGGGAGACUUCAGUGCAUGGCUUAACACAGAUAUCAAGUGAUUUUUCUGCUUUCUGUAUCUUUGAGACGCGAAUAAAGGCUUUGACA